AUGCCUGGCGGCAGGGAGGACGAGAUUUGCCAGAAAGCGCUGCGUCUGCUGGACGAGCUCUGCUCCGUCGGGGCAGUAGAGAACGAGAGAUGCCUGGAAUUCAACUACUUCUGGCGGGACAGCUCCAGACCCCGACUCACGGACUCCGAUAUCUCCGUGAGUUUACUGUCAUUAGUUGUCACUGCCUGUGGACUUGCUUUGUUUGGGGUAUCUCUGUUUGUGUCCUGGAAGCUUUGCUGGGUUCCUUGGCGAGAACGUGGCCUGCCUGGAAACAAAGACCAACAGGAAUCACUGAACUAUACAGAUACAGACACCAAUGAUCAUGAAUAUAGUGAGGAUUACCCAGGACAGCCUACUUCCUACCUUGACUCCUCUAUGAAGAUUAGCCACACCUCCCCUGACAUUCCAUUGGAUGCAAAGACAGGGACCAAGGAGAACUGUGUGCACAAUGUUCGGAUGCAUCGGCAAAUCACAGAACCAACCCCUUCUGCUAGGCAUAACUCAAUCCGAAGGCAACUCAAUCUCUCAAACCCAGACUUCAACAUUCAGCAGAUCCAAAAGCAGGAGCAGUUGACAGGAAUUGGACGUAUCAAGCCAGAGCUGUAUAAACAGAGAUCGGUGGACACAGAUGAUGGGCGGAGAAAUAAUAGCAAGUCUUGUGGGAAACUCAACUUUAUUCUGAAAUAUGAUUGUGAUUUAGAACAACUGAUAGUAAAAAUCCACAAAGCUGUCAAUCUGCCAGCAAAGGACUUUUCUGGGACUUCAGACCCAUAUGUCAAGAUCUACUUACUUCCAGAUAGGAAAACAAAACAUCAGACUAAAGUGCAUAGAAAAACCCUGAACCCAGUGUUUGAUGAAGUUUUUUUAUUUCCUGUUCCUUACAAUGAUUUAAGCACAAGGAAACUCCACUUUUCUGUGUAUGACUUUGAUCGGUUUUCCAGGCAUGACUUGAUUGGCCAAGUGAUCGUGGAUAAUUUUUUAGAGUUGACAGAUUUUCCCAGGGAGUGUAAUAUUUGGAAAGAUAUAGAAUACGUCACCAAUGACAAGGUGGACCUUGGAGAGUUGAUGUUUUCACUCUGCUAUCUUCCAACAGCUGGUAGAUUAACCAUUACUAUAAUAAAAGCUAGAAAUUUAAAGGCAAUGGACAUAACAGGAGCAUCAGAUCCGUAUGUGAAGGUCUCACUAAUGUGUGAAGGAAGACGACUGAAGAAGAGAAAGACUUCCACCAAGAGGAAUACCCUCAACCCUGUUUACAAUGAAGCCAUAGUAUUUGAUGUCCCUCCAGAGAGCAUUGAUCAAAUCAGUUUGUCUAUAGCCGUUAUGGAUUAUGACCGUGUAGGUCACAAUGAGGUCAUUGGAGUGUGCCAAGUAGGCAACGAUGCUGAAAGCCUUGGGCGAGACCAUUGGAAUGAAAUGCUCUCGUAUCCACGGAAACCUAUCGCCCACUGGCAUCCACUUGCAGAGGGCCCUAUUCCGCAGAAAUGUUAUGCAGGCCUUCUGCGCAUGGAUGGCUGCCGAAGAGGCUUCCUCACUCUUUUAACCUAUUCAGCAGAAAUUUGGCAUUCCUGUUGA